UGCGUAUUGCGUUGGCCCCGCGCGCAUUCUCUGUCGGGGAGGCUGGGGGUCCGCAAGGCUCCGGCGAAUGGGCGAUGUCGGAGGUCGAGUUGGGGGGAGGCGGAGUCUGCGCGUGCUCAAGGCCUCGCCCCCAAGCCAGGAGUGCGGGCUCCGAAGUGCCCCGGGAGGUGGAGCGACUUAGCCGGAGGCACGGGAGCAGGGACGUUUCUGGAGAGUAAACCCAUGAGGACACGAUGGAGGUCACUCAGUGCCCUGAGCCCCGAGAGGCCUGGAAGCAGGACCCAGCCGACGACCAGGAGCUGCUCUUGGGGGAACUGACCAUCGUGGAAGGUGAAGGCCACGGAUGUUAUGGGUUUGGGAGGAACGCCCGCCGGACUGUCACCAAGCCUCGGAAAACUCCUCCGGAUGAGAGGCAGCACCAGUGCGCCAUCUGCGGGAAGAGCUUCGAGCAGCAUUCAGACCUGCUCAACCACCAGCGGAUCUACAGGGGGAAGAAGCCCUUCAAGUGCAGCGAGUGUGGCAAGGCCUUCAGUUACCCCUCGGCCCUGAUGGUGCACCAGAGGACGCACACGGGCGAGAGGCCGUUCCCCUGCGCGCAGUGCGGCAAGGCCUUCAGCCACAGCUCGGCGCUGCUGCUGCACCGGCGCGUGCACACGGGCGAGCGGCCCUACGCCUGCAGCGACUGCGGCCGCGCCUUCUCGCAGAGCUCUUCGCUCAUCCUGCACAAGCGCACGCACACCGGCGAGCAGCCCUAUGACUGCCCCGCGUGCGGGAAGGCCUUCACCCGCCACUCGGCCCUGGUGGAGCACCAGCGGGUGCACACGGGCGAGAGGCCGUACGCGUGCAGCUGCUGCGGCAGGGCCUUCAGCCAGAGCGCGCACCUAGCGCGCCACCAGAAGGUGCACGUGGCGCAGAAGGCGCACGGUUGCGGGGACUGCGGCAAGGCCUUCCGCUCGCCCGCCGCCCUGCUGCGGCACCGGAGGAUCCACACGGGCGAGCGGCCCUUCGGGUGCCCGGUGUGCGGGAAGGCCUUCACCCAGCGCCCCUACCUGGCGCAGCACCUGCGUGUGCACUCGGGCAAGAGGCCCUUCGAGUGCGACCAGUGCGGGAAGGCCUUCGGCAAGUGCGCGCACCUGGCGCGCCACCGCGGGACGCACGCGUGUGCCCGGGCGCGGCCGGGGAGGGCGCACGCCGGGGAGGGGAGGCGCCCCACGAGCGCGAGGACGCCGGCGCUGCCUUGGGGAGCUCCUACCUGCUGCCGCCCCACGCCUGCGGCUUUAGGCGCGGCAGAGGCCUCGCCCAGUAUCGGCGGCUGCACACCCUCUAACCUGUGUCCCAAACUGGGGGGCACUAGCUAA